AUGGCUCCCGCCCUUACAACCACAGAGACAAUCGCCUACCUAAAGUCGCUCCCAGCAGUCAGGGAGCGAGCUGAAAUGGUGUAUGCAAAAGCUCAGGAAGGUCAAUUGAAGCACUUUGAUGUGGAUUUUCCAAAAUUGAAUGAUGUGGCCAAGUUUGUGGUAGCAUUGAUCAAACGUGAUCAUGAACCAAGCCAGAUCGCUCAGAUUCCACCACAUACACGUCUUCGCCAUUUUGAUGUCGGCCAAGUGGAUCGUCUCGGACAGCUGGUUGAGAGUUGGAAAGAAAGAGUUGAAACAGUGGAGAUAGUUCGUAGGUUAGUCGAUUUGGUCGUUGUUUCUGUCCUGUUGGACGCAGGCGCAGGCGACCGAUGGACAUUUGAAGUCAAACCCGACAGCUUUCAAAAAACGGCAAAAUCUUACUCCCGAUCUGAGGGAUUAGCCCUGGCAUCGUUGGCCAUGUUUAAAGAAGGACGGUUUUCGAGUGACAUUCAUCGCCGUCAUCAGGUCGACGCUGAUGGCCUGUGCAAUCUGACCCUUGAGAGUCUCAAAGAAGGAUUUCAAGUAGACGAUGAAAAGAAUCCCCUACUUGGCCUCGAAGGUAGGUGGGAAUUGCUCCGUCGCCUUGGAAUAGCCCUCAAAGCUCAUCCAGAAUACUUUGGUGGUCCUCUUCGUCCAGGAAACAUGACUGAUUUCCUUUUCAAGGAAGGAUCAGACCGGCCGAGCCGUAACGACAAGUAUGUGGUUCGUACAGAAUCUCUUUUCAAAGUUGUGAUCGACGGCUUUGCAGAAAUUUGGCCCCCAUCGCGUACCACUUUGAAUGGGGUUUCACUGGGUGAUGUAUGGCCCUGUGAUGCUAUCCAGAACCCACAGGCAAGCCCAGAUUCAACAGAUCAUUACGUUCCUUUUCACAAGUUGUCACAGUGGAUGACAUACUCAAUCAUGGAACCACUAGAAAACUAUAUGCAUAUUGAAUGGGAGCACUCUAAUCUUUUGACUGGUCUUCCAGAAUAUCGCAAUGGCGGCUUAUUGAUUGAUCUUGGAUUUAUGACUUUGAAACCUAAUGAGGAGGAGCGUGGGUUAGAAAACUACAAGCGCAAUGCGCUAAAGCCAGGUCAACCUGCAGUUGAGGUCGUACCAAUGUUUGAGCCAAGUGAUCCAGUGAUCAUUGAAUGGCGUGCUAUGACUGUCGCGACUCUGGAUCGAAUUGCAGUCGAGGUUCGAAAGCAAUUGGAUUUACCCAACCUGACACUUGCCCAAGUUCUGCAAGGAGGUACCUGGAAUGCCGGACGAGAAAUUGCCGCUGUGUCACGUCCCAAUACCAAGGGUCCUCCAAUUGCCAUUUUGAGCGAUGGCACUUUGUUUUAA